AAAUUUCAAAUGCUACAUAAAAUCACCUCUGAAAUCAAUAUGGGGGAGCACCUUCUCCAACCAGCUCCAACUUAGUUUUUAAGUGCCAGAACUAUCAGUCCUUCUCUAUUUUUAAAUGAAGCAGAUUUUCAUCUUCCAUUUAUCUCCCCAUAGAAAAGAUAAGUUAGUGAUUAUUAAAUAAUAAAAUAAUCUCUACCGAAGAGUCAGGCUGUAAGUCCUGUUUUUAGAAAAACCUAAACUGAACAUGAUGCAGAAGAUAAUUUUUUAUAUGUAAAAAAUACAGUCAGAAAACUAAAAAAAUAAAAACUAUUUAUUAAAGAACAUCGUCUGUCUCAGUAACUCUUGCCUCAAAUUGAAGAACGGUCAGAAAAAGUUGCUGCUUAUUCCACACCAAGAAAUAAAAAUUACAACUCAAAUGGUAAUCCCCUAGAUUUCAAAGGAAUGGGCUCUCCUUUUGCAAAAUUAGGUGCUCUUGUUGCAAACCAAGAACCUUCAACCCAACUCUCCAACUACACAAUCCCAAAAGAACUUGAUCAACCACAACAAAACAAUCUACCUAUCCCUGACUAUACUAGCAAACCAAACACUUUACAGCAACCUCCACAUCAUAAAAAAGCAGUCUCAUUUCGUAAAUCUAUAUUGAUAAUUGAUAUUAACAAUGGACAAGUUAGUAAAGAUUAAUUAUCAGAAAAUGCUAAACCACUUACACAUACCCAAAGACCGGAAAUUAAAGAGUAAGUCUAUGAUGAUACCAAAAAAUAUAUAUUUCGAAGAACAAAAAUUAUUAUUUGA